UUCUCAAAAAAUAAGUUGUACAUGUACAAUAUUGCCCCUAAAGAACCCUUGGAAUUUCAUGGUUUUAAAAGAACCCCGCCAUGAUUGAUGAUCCAAUCCCCACCGUGAAACUGAAACCCCCAAAUGUCAAACCCCAAACGCCCAAAACCUUCCAUCCCUCUCACUCUCACCCUUCCCCCCUCCGAAUUUUCCCACACCCUCGCUAAAACCGCAGUCGCGCAAAUUCUGAAAUCCACCGGUUUCAAAUCCUCCAAGUCUUCCGCCCUCGAAACCCUAACUCGCAUCACCACCCUCUUCCUCCAAUCUCUCUCCACCUCCGCCGCCUCCAACGCCUCCCAUCUCGGCCGCACUCAAGCCAACAUCUUCGACAUCGUUUACGCCAUCGAACACCUCUCUCUCUCCUCUCCUUUCUGCCGUCCUUCCAAAACCGUCCAAGACUUGCACUAUUUCCUUCGUCAACUUCCCUUUUCUCGGAGACUUAAACUUCCUUGUGUUGUUGUAAGUGCUGUCACCCAUUCUUCACUAGCGGAAUCUAAUGUUUCGUCAUCAACGGGUGGUAGUAUCAGUAUUAGUAGGGGUCCUGAGAUUCCGAGAUGGUUGCCGGAAUUUCCCGAGUUUAGACCGGAUAAAAGCGUGGGCUUGAACGAUAUGGAGGAGGGUUUGUGGGAGGAGAGUCGAAUUGAGUAUCGUCCGUUAAAGGCCGCGAAGGCGAAGGCGGAGAAGGGGAAGAAGGAGAAUGUGUUGCAGGGGAGGAGAGAGAGAGUCAAAUUUAGAUUGGUGGCAAGGAAGAUGAAUGCUAAUCGAAGUGGUUUGGAUGAAUUGGAACUUCGUAAUGGGGUUUGUAGGGGAGGUAAGAGGGUGUGUUUGAUCAAAAACAUUAAUGCUAGUGUGUUUUGUGAAGAUGAAGAUGAUGAUCGUCAAAAUUGUUUAAUUAAUGGCUUAUGAAGAUAUAAUAUUCUUUAUUUUUUAUUUUGUUUUUGAGAAGAUGAUCUUAAUUGAAGAUGAUCUUAAUUGAAGAUGAUUUUGGAGUGAAUUGCUUAGAGCUUUCGAGUGGUUUGGUUGCGGAUUCUUAUGAUUAAGCGCAAAUUUUGGGUUUCAUUGCGAAGUUAAAUUGAGUGUAUAUAUAAGAUUUAUAUAUUAGUUUGAGGUGUUCAACAAAGCCGGAAUUUGUUGUUUAGAAGCCUAAGGUAAGAAAUAUGUAUCAAAUGGGGAUUUGAAUCUCCCCUUGAUUCGAAGUAAACUGAACCGUUACAUGCUAUAUAUGUUUUGAAUGAGAAUUACAUUACUAUUUGGCAAUUUGUUCCUUGUUUUUAACUCUUCUUUUUUUGGUUGAAACUUUAUUUGCUGGUAUAACUACCAAAUUGGGAGCAAGAACUCAGAGAUCGCAGCUCCUGUUGCCUUCAUUAGUUUGAUCACGGUGAUGGUAUUAGAGUUUUGUCUCUGCUUUUGAUCAAGCUGAUGGUAUUAGAGUUUUGUCUCUGCUUGCUGAGUAGCUUGAGCUCCUGUCCUCCCCUAUGGUGAGUUGAUAUUACUUGUGUACCUAGCUUUCGUUUGGGCGCAUUCGCUAUCGUGGUAUUGAUAUGCUAUAUAGAAAAACUUGCCGUAUUGUUUUAAAAUUAAUCUAUGAUCAUUGCCAUUUUAGAACAAUAUUAAGGUAGAUGAACACUAAACAAUGGGCCUCAAUGGCGAAGAAGGGCUAUUGAUGAUAUGUUUAUAGAAGUUUCUUUAAUUUUUUGUGUUGGAGCAUCCUCGCACUGUGUUUAGAUUACAUAAGUUGAAUUGAGGGGAGGGAGGGAGAGUGAUGGAUCUAUAUUCUUUGGUUUGUAUAUGGUUAGGUAUUAGUGGACCUAGGUUUUUUAGUUUUGGUUUUGGGGCAGCUCAAUCCACAAAAUCAACAACCUAAGUUUUUUAAUUUUGGUUUUGGAGGCUGCUGAAUCCACAAAAUCAACAGGUACGCAACCUAAAUACCUAAUAAAAAGCUAGACAAAACUUUUCUUGUAUAGUUUUUCAAUUGACACCUCUUGCACAAUGUAGGUAACCCACUAUGGAUAAGGAAAGGGAAGCGUUGCUAAAAGGGUCCAUCCUAUCCCCUUCAAUAAAGAGCUCGUGUUGAGUAGGGCUUGUACCAUUCCUACGUCACAUUUAGCUUAGCCGAAUAAGUAGAAUUUUUCUUGAUAAAACCAUGUUUAUCCAAUAUUGGAAAGAUUUGGAGGGAAAUGCAAACUCAGUUCCCGUUCCCCCUUUCUUUCAAGAGUGCUAUCCAAUCACACUGAUACUUGAACAUGGUUUAUUUCUGUUUAUGUCGCUCUAUUUGCAUA